AAAAUAGGUUACCUUUCAUUUUGUCGAGAAUGACUUAAGAAAGCGUCUUUCUUCCGAAUCAUGUGAGGGGCCGAGAUGCCCCGCUUAGAAAGUGACCUUAUUGUAAACCUUGCGACAUCGUCAAGCAAAAUCUGUCGUCAUUUUGUCGAUUAAUCGGCGAUCAGAAAUCAGUGGCACCUUGAGUCGAUCAACACGCGGCUGCCGGGUUUGACAUAAAGUUUUUGUUAUUGUUUAAACAAAAGUUUACAUUUCUAUAUUUCAAAAGGGAGAUUAUGCUUAUCUGAAAUGACUGUCUGUGAAUUUGGUAAAUAUCACAGGAAAAUGUAACAAAAGUACGUGUCACAAAAAAAGGCUUCCUUCAAUUUUGCAAUAUGUAUCCGCGGCUUGACAAGUAUUUAUUGUGAUAUAAACACAGAGCGUGCCUUUAUUAUUACUAUAAGAUUUUUUAAUUGUGCCGGUAUAAUAUAAUCCACGAUGACUGCAAGCUGGGAAGAAACCGUGCAACGAGAGGAUUCAAAAACAGUGAGAGUUGUUUUUAUUUCGCUGUUGCUGGAUCUUUUGGCAUUUACGAUGAUUUUGCCACUGUUUCCUGCACUUUUGGAUCAUUAUCAACAACUUGAUAAGGGAGAUGGAUUGUAUUCUAAGAUCUUAAACAGUAUUCAGACAAUCAGCUCGUUUAUAAAUGCUCCACCUAAGGAGAGUUCAGUAUUAUUCGGAGGUUUCCUCGGUUCUAUGUAUUCCUUUCUUCAGUUUCUGGGAUCUCCAAUCAUAGGAGCUUUAUCUGACGUUUAUGGAAGAAAACCAAUUAUGAUUUUGUGCCUGAGUGGAAUCGCCAUGUCCUAUCUUUUGUGGGCAUUCUCGAAAAGUUUUGCUGUGUUUAUUUUAGCAAGAUUUGUUGGUGGUUUUAGUAAAGGAAAUAUUAGUUUGUCGAUGGCAAUUCUCAGUGAUGUCACCGCACCUGCUUCAAGAGGAAAAUCAAUGGCACUUGUAGGUAUUGCGUUUUCCGUGGGCUUCGUAUUGGGACCAAUGAUAGGAGCUCUUUUUGCAAAGCUUUCCACUGGUAACAGAGAAGGCCAAUGGUAUGCGCUUCCAGCCUCAUUCGCUUUUGCACUUUCCAUGACCGAAUUAUUGUAUUUUUCUUUGAGCUUCAAAGAAAGUCUACCUCGAAAACUUCGAGCGAAAUCACUCACUUCGGGAAUAUCUAGUGCAUUAACUUACAUCAAUCCUCUGGAUUUAUUCCAGUUCAAUGCAGUUUCUAAUCUGACUAAAAGCGAACUACAUCAGUUGAGAACUUUAGGUCGCUCCUACUUUCUCUACUUGUUCAUCUACAGUGGCCUCGAAUUUACACUCACUUUCUUGACUCAUUAUUCUUUUGGUUUUACCAGAAUGCAACAAGGAUGGAUGUUUCUUGGAAUUGGAUUAACGAUGGCAAUUUUACAGGGAAGCUGGGUGCGAAAAAUCCCUGCUCACAGAACUAAAUCCAUAACGGAACUGGGUCUGUGGCUUGUAAUUCCAGCAUUUGUAUGCAUCGCAAUUGCCAGAGAAGUUUUUAUGUUAUACUUUGGAGUAUUUCUCUUCGCUGUUUCUACAGCCAUGGUCGUGACGUGUAUGAUGACUUUGGUGACUCGUAUCGGGCCGGAGAAUCAAAAGGGUGCGAUUACUGGAAUAUUCAGGUCGCUUGGGGCUUUGGCUCGUGCUUGUGGCCCGAUUGUGGCAUCAAUUGCUUUUUGGACUCUCGGAAGCACAACUUCGUACUUGAUUGGCGCAGUAGCGUUAGUUCUUCCACCUAUAAUACUUAAAAGUGUUCAGAUGACUUAAACACUAAAUAGUUUAUUACAAGUAUUCACUAAACGUGCCUCCGUAAAAGUAUUUAUAUUUAUAUAUAUUUUUAAAAUAAUUCAUUAUUAUUUUUAAAUCGAUGCGUAUUUUCUAUUUGAUACUGAUUAUUAUUAAUUAGCUAUAAGGGA